UAGUAGUUGUACUGGUUCCGGUAACGUUCAGCAGUUAAAAAAACAAAUAAAUAAAUAAAUAAAAACACGUUCAGCUCGGAUGCACAGUGUCAGUGGACGUCCGAACUACGUGGUACAAUUUUAUCUACCCAAGAGGAUCCCCUGCAGCUGAUUUCUCCUACCCAGGAUGCAUCAGGAGGAUACAAAAUAAUGGAAACACUAUAUACCAUUGACUUUGGAGAUCCUGAGUAGCAGUUAAAGAGCCUGUUGCUUUCCUUUUAUUUCCCAUGCAGGAUUGUUCACAGCACUAUGAGCGACUUAACAGAGUUUGAGAGAUGCCAGAUAGUCGCUGCACGGCUGUCGGGGGCGUCUGUCACAAAAACUGCACAGCUGUUCAACGUGGCGAGAGGAACGGUGUCAAGAGUCAUGACCGUGUACAUCAAGCACGGACGAACAGCAUCAGCGAAGAAGAACAGCGGCCGCAAGUCGAAGCUCACCGAACAGGACCGACGGACGCUUCUCACUAUAGUCGACGAACACCCCGAGUACACAGCCUCGAAAUUAACCACGGAGCUGAACAAACACCUCUCUCACACGGUCUCCGUAAGGACAAUACGCCGGGAGCUUCACAAAGCUGGUAUUUUUAGAGGAGCAGCCAAUCAGAAACCAGAGACAGAGGCUGAUGCACAAAAGCCACAUGGACAUAAUGCUGAUAAUGCACAAAAUGCAGGUGAAGAGAGCACAAGAGUUGAACUGCAAACAACCUCUGAAGAGUGUGGCACACAAAAGCCUGUAGGAGACGACACAGUAUCUGAGCCCCAGGCUUGUUUCGUAAAGCAGAGCACAGAACAAUCUGAAGAGGAAGUAACAUCUGAAGUCAGUGAAGAAGAGGACAGCACAAGUUCUGAACCCCAGAUUUUUGGGAACGAACACAACCCCCAAAUGCAUCAUGAAAAGGGUGAAGAAUGUCAUCCUCAGACUAGUGAUAAGGAAUAACGCUGUCCACUGUGAUAAUGUCCAGCCUUUCUAAUAAAUCCACACUGAUUAUAUAAAGAGAAACCACAGAAUGCCUUCAGACUUUAACUUAAAUGUGAAUGAAUUAGAACCAUUUUCUGGUUUGGAUUAAUUAAUAUGUCGUCAUGCAACAACGCCAUUAAUCGUGUCAAAAGCUUUUUUUUUCUUUUUGGUCUCUAAGCAAACAUUCAAACUUAAGUGUGUUUUGCUGAGGAUGGCUCUGAAUAGUAUACAGUGUAUAUACUGCUAUUGUUAAACAGUAUAUUAUGAUAUGCAAAAAUACAUCAUAAUGAAAUAAAAUAUUCACAGUUUUGUCCUUAUAUGCAGACCGGUGGCAGAGAUCAUACAGUUUAUGGUGGACUUUUUAUUUUUUGUUUUAUAAAGCAUGGCCAUUUUGUUUGUUUCUUUUUAUGUGUCAUAUAAUCUCUUAAGGAUAAAGUGUGAAACCAAGCUGCAGCUUGAAUCUCAGAAGAUCUACAGUAGUUACUCUAUUGGCUAGAUAUGCAGAUAAAGUCUGCAUAAAAGAACCAAAAUGACUUGGUGAGAUACUUGUUGUUCUAGAAGAUGCUAAGUUCUUCAUUUAAGAGCUGUUUCUAUAAUGUGGAUCUUGUUGUUGACUGACAGAUACUGUAUGUAAUGUUUGUAUUCUGGCAAUAUUAAAGCUUACAUCGACUGUA